AAUUACUAGACAUCCUCGUUCUCUGUGCAGUUCCAACAAUCCUAGUGAUGGCGUGUGCAAGCCAUGUCAUGAUUUUCCUUGUGUUCUCAAAUUUAGCCAUAGCCAUGGCCACCCUUCCUCCUCCCUUGUAUGACCCUAACCUAGGGAAGUGUAAGAAUAGUUGUGAGGAAGAGCUCAAUCUAUCUUUGUACCUACACCAAGUUGUGACAGGACCAGCCCACAACCAAGAAGUAAUUCUCAGCCCUGGCUUUCCUAACAUGUUUGGUAUGAUAGCCGUCGUUGACUGGACCAUAUACGCCGUCCCUGAUUCCACUUCAAGUAUCAUUGCUCGGGCAAAGGGAAUGACUAUCCAGGCUACCCAAAGCGAGGUCAAUGGUGUUGCCUGGUUUCUUCCUUUCAGCAUGGUCUUUCAGGAUUCCAGGUUUGGCGGUUCUACGCUGCAAGUGAUGGGAGCAAUUACUGGUGCAGUAGAUGGUGAGUGGGCUAUUGUGGGUGGGACUGGCAAAUUGUCCACGGCACGUGGUACUAUUAAGUUCAUAGCAGUCCAGGCACAGAGCACCCCAACCUUUGAGGUCUACAGAAGGAUUGAUAUCCAUGCAUUCUACACACCCGCACCGGCCGUUUAAGAUAUGAAGAAUACACAUGCAGCACUCCGACUGGAAAGGCGAGCCAGCAAUCUCGCAUAAAUAAAAUAUGUGUUUUCCAUUAUGACUAGUAGUACUACCUCGUUGUAAUAUGUGGUCAAGUCGUCUUUACUUUCAAAAAAUGCAGGAGUUUGUGGCAUAUCAUUGAAAAUCUUAGACAUAAAUCCACAAGGCCUUUGUCCUUUUUUGUAAAAUUGGACUGUAUGAUUUAAUUUGGAAUAUUACAAUCUUAAUAUAUUAUGUGAAAA